AACAGCGGAGCCACAAUGGAGAUGGUUCUUCCCGUGACAGUCCGGUGCCUGGCAGGUGAUUACCACAGUGAAGCUCCUCCUUUGCUACGUUAACGACAACCCGGGAGAACAACACAUUAAGACACGGACAGAAACUAUCAAGAUGGAUACCUCAAACCUUCCCAAGAUCCAGGAUGAGGAUCGAGAAAGCGAGUUUGGAUUUGUGCAUGGAGUUUCUGGACCAGUGGUGACAGCUACUGCGAUGGCCGGAGCAGCCAUGUACGAGCUGGUUCGCGUGGGUCACAGUGAGCUGGUGGGAGAAAUCAUCCGUUUAGAGGGAGACAUGGCAACUAUCCAGGUCUACGAGGAGACUUCCGGUGUGUCUGUCGGUGACCCUGUCCUUCGGACGGGGAAACCCCUCUCUGUAGAGCUUGGACCGGGAAUCAUGGGCUCCAUCUUUGACGGUAUCCAGCGUCCACUGAAGGACAUCAAUGACCUCACUCAAAGCAUCUAUAUCCCAAGAGGAGUGAACAUCGGUGCUCUCAACAGAGACCUGAAAUGGGAAUUUUCCCCCGGCCAGAGUCUUCGGGUCGGCAGUCACGUGACAGGUGGCGAUAUCUACGGCAUGGUGUUCGAGAACUCUCUAAUAAAGCACAAAAUGAUGCUUCCACCUCGCAACAGAGGCACCGUCACCUACCUAGCCCCCCCUGGAAACUAUGACAUUUCUGAUGUGGUUCUGGAGCUCGAAUUUGAGAGCGUGAAGGAGAAGUUCACCAUGAUGCAGGUGUGGCCGGUACGACAGAUUCGCCCAGUCACUGAGAAGCUACCGGCUAAUCAUCCGCUGCUGACGGGUCAGAGAGUUCUGGACGCACUUUUCCCAUGCGUGCAGGGCGGCACCACUGCUAUACCCGGCGCCUUCGGAUGUGGAAAGACGGUGAUCUCGCAGUCGCUGUCCAAGUAUUCCAACAGUGACGUCAUUGUCUACGUUGGCUGUGGAGAGCGUGGAAAUGAAAUGUCUGAAGUGCUGCGGGAUUUCCCCGAGCUUACUAUGGAGGUUGAUGGCAAGACUGAGAGCAUCAUGAAGAGAACAGCACUGGUCGCUAAUACAUCCAACAUGCCUGUGGCUGCCAGAGAGGCCUCAAUUUACACAGGGAUCACGCUGUCGGAAUACUUCAGAGACAUGGGCUAUCAUGUGAGCAUGAUGGCCGACUCGACGUCUCGAUGGGCCGAAGCUCUGAGAGAAAUCUCUGGAAGAUUAGCUGAAAUGCCUGCUGGUAAGUUCACGAUGGAUGUGAUUGAUUUGUAUGUAUUUGCGAGGACGCUGUGGGACAGUUUGUGUCCGUCUUUGUCUGCAGACAGCGGGUAUCCUGCUUACCUGGGCGCCAGGCUCGCCUCCUUCUAUGAGCGCGCUGGACGUGUGAAGUGUCUGGGAAAUCCAGAGAGAGAAGGCAGCGUCAGCAUCGUAGGAGCUGUGUCGCCCCCUGGUGGAGAUUUCUCAGACCCUGUCACUUCAGCCACAUUAGGCAUUGUUCAGGUGUUUUGGGGAUUGGACAAGAAGCUGGCUCAGAGAAAGCACUUCCCUUCAGUAAACUGGCUGAUUAGCUACAGCAAGUACACACGAGCUCUGGAUGAAUACUAUGACAAACACUUCCCCGAGUUUGUUCCUCUUCGUACGAAAGCCAAAGAGAUUCUACAGGAGGAGGAGGACCUGGCUGAGAUCGUGCAGCUUGUUGGCAAGGCUUCUCUUGCAGAGAGCGAUAAGAUCACUCUGGAAGUUGCAAAGCUCAUUAAGGAUGACUUCCUGCAGCAGAACGGUUACACCCCCUACGAUAGGUUCUGCCCCUUCUACAAAACUGUUGGCAUCCUCUCAAACAUGAUCUCAUUUUACGACAUGGCCCGACACGCGGUGGAGUCCACGGCACAGAGUGACAACAAAAUCACCUGGGCUAUGAUCAAGGAGCACAUGGGAGAGAUCCUGUACAAAAUCAGCUCCAUGAAGUUCAAGGACCCCGUUAAGGAUGGCGAAGUUAAGAUCAAAGCCGAAUUCGCCCAGCUGGUGGAGGACAUGCAGAACGCCUUCAGGACUCUGGAGGAAUGAGCUUCCAUACCAGUCGGCUCCUCUCCCAAAAUAUCCAAACCCCAGUGCAGUGCAACAUAGUGCCCGUGUUCUUAAUGUCUGCCUCAGUCAUGUGAACUCUUUUAUUCCUCAGUGUUUACGUCUCCUUAAAACAUUCCUGCACAAAUUUCCUUUGCAUUUAGUUGAUUUUGGACUUUAGAAAACACAGUGCUGGAAUCCUCUAAGACACCCGAAACUAGGGUUUACUCAGCGAAUGUAGCAACAUGCCAACAUGUGGUUAAAAUCAGUGGGCCCCAAUCAGGAGCCUUACUUGCACUCAACCAAUGGCUGCAUCAAAGAGUGGACAGGGAUGUUUCUUUUCCCCCAGAUGUAACGUGAUCAAUACAUAUUAUCAAUCAAAUGGGAACAUGCACACAGGCAAAGGGACGGAUGCACUGCGUUACUGUGUAUCGGGGGGGGUUAAAGGCAUUCUUCCACCUCUCUUACCUCUUAAGUGUGAUCGUAAUGUUGUGGACAAAAUACUUGAUAUUAUUUGCAAAAAUGUGAAUGAAUGAGUCUGUUAGAGUUGUGUUGUAUCAGAUGUCUCUCUAUUAUAUUUGUGGUACGUUGCUGUCUCCUGAAAUAAAUGUUUAAAAAAAACCAA